UUUUUGCUCGAGGCGCUCGAUGGCUUGGCGCAGGUGCCUUUGGCGUAUCCAGCGUGCCGCCCUUUGCGGGAGUACUGCGGGGGCCGCGGAGACCGCGGAGGCGCCUCCAGCGCGCGCCCCCCAGCGCCCGGCUCUGCAGCCGCGAUGAUGAGCCGUGCACUGCUGGACUCCGCCGCGUCGCUGGCGACGACCAGCGCGUCCUCGGCGAUAGCAGAGUCGAGCGGGCCGCCGAAGUGGGUCUGGGAGCGGGAGCUGGAGGCUAUGUGCAGCCGCGUCUCGCGGGUCCGAGCUGAGGAGGCGAACGAGCUGCGCCGCAGCGCAGAGGAGGCGGAGCGGGGCGCCCUGCGCCGCAUCGAGGAGGUGGAGCGGCGCAUGCUCCGGUGCCAGGCGGACGAAGGCGAGGCGCUGCAGCGUUUCCUGGCCGGCUGGGGCAGCGCACUGGACCUGCGGCUCCCCCACGGCCGGCAGAGGGCGGCCGCGGCGCUUUCACCCGUCUCCUGGUGUUACGCCUACAAGCUGUGUUCCCUGCGGUCUGCGCUGGGCAGGACAGGACGAGGCGGCCUCUGGCGGCAAUCCGGCCGCCCGCUCGGCCAGGCGCGGGUAGAGGCGCUCGAGACGGGCGGCGACAGCCUGGCCCAGAAGCUGGCGGGCGUGGCAGUCCAGGUGAACGAGCUGGGGGCCGGCGUGAUGGACCAGAUGCAGCGGCAGCAGCAGGCGCAGGCGUCGUCCCUGCGCGAGGAGCUGGCGGCGCAGCAGGCGGCGCUGCAGCGGGAGGCCGCCGCGGAGCGCGCGCCGCUGCGGCAGGAGGCCACGGCCCUGGGCGCGUCACUGCAGGAGCUCCGCGACGGCCUCGAGCGGCGCUGGCGGGAGAGCGACACCCGGCACGAGGCCGCAGGUGCGGAGUGCCGGGCCGCCCGGCAGGAGGCCGCCGCGGGCUCCGCCGCCCUGACGCAGGUCGAGGCGCGGCUUCGCGCGGCCGAUGAGGCGGCCGCGCGGCUGAGCCUCGAGCUGCGCGGCACGGCGGAGGCCGAGCAGCAGGCGGUGUCCGCCGCCCUCGCGCGGCUGGAGGAGCGGUGCACCGCCAUUGCCCAGGAGGAGGCGCGGCGGCUGGAGGAGUGGUGCGACGCCAGGUGCAGCGAGGCGGCGCGCUCCGCCGAGGCCCUGGCCGCGAGGCGGGUCGAGGAGGCCCUGGCGGACAGCGACGGGCGGCUGCCGCUGCACUCGGCGGGCCUCCGCGAGGCGGCGGAGGCGGGCCAGGCGGCGCGGGGGCCGCCGCGCCACGACUGGCGCAUCGCGCGCUGCAUGCAGCGGCUGGAGUACCUGUCGCUGACCUCGGAGGCGGGGCUGUGGCUCGACUCCGAGGACACCAGCCCGGAGGAGGAGAAGAUGCCCAUACCUCUGCCCCUUCGCCUGUUUUCCCUCUCUUCGGCUCCUGUCCAUGGCGUACCUUGUCCUGUGCAAGAUCUUCGGCACCGCCUGUACUCUGGACCUCCGGCCGCCUGAGGCCCCGCCCGCCCGCGCCCUGUCUCCCCAAUCAGGGCUUCGCGCGCCCCGCC